AUGCCUACACAAGAAGAGUCCAAGAACCUUGAAGUCAUCUCCGAGUACUUCAGCGAAUACUGGGGGAAAGCCAAUCAGGGCAUUGUGGAUAAGCUUUGCGUCGACGACUUCGUUAUCAACUAUCCUAUACAUGGCCCCCGAUAUGGCGAAGAGGCUGCGGAGCAGAUGAUGGUUGGAUUCAAGGAGGCAUUCCCGGACAUCUCCUUCCACGCGUAUCAGCAUCCACUUAUUGCCAGCGGUCCUUGGGUUGUCGGGUGCUGGAUUGGUGGAGGUACUCAUACCGGCGUCGCAUUCAACGAUCUUGCCGUUGGGAAGCUUCAACCCAACACAGGCAAGAAGAUGUACUUCUCCGGCACCACGAUCUUCACCUUGGGAGACAGGAAAGUCGUGGACGAGACGGGAGAAGGGGGAGCCAUGACGGCGCUCCAAAACUUGGGCAUGGUACCGCAGCCCAAUCCGGGGAAGGAAAUGAAGUAUCUGCAUGAGAAAGAAGGAUAA